UUGGUGCAAAAGUGAAGAGGAAAAGCGUUUUUUCUAGAUUUAACAUAAUGAAUCUGUGAACAGAAAGUGUGAUAUCUAUUGUUGUACUAUAGUGUUUUACUACUUUAUGUACACCUGUUCCUAUCCUUGAAUUCAUGUCCAGUAUAGGAAUGUAGUAUUUGAGUACUGCAAUGAUUUUAUCAACAGGGGAUAAUUAAGUGUAAGAAAUAUUUAAAUCAUUGAAACCAGUAUUUAAUUAAACAAAGAUGAUUUGAUAGAGGUAGCACAUGAGUAUUCAGGGUGCGGGUUUUGUGAACUCUGUAUAAUAAAACGUCCUGAGAAGAUACAGGUGAAAAUGCUAACUGACAGUGACACCAGUGUAAAUAAGCUCACGUAACAGGAGGUCCAGUACCUGCUGAUGAGCUCUCCAGCAUGCAAUGGCUUUCAGGUUUCUGCAGGGGUGUCUGAGGGCGACUCGAGCAGUACAGCACUUUCGCUUCCUUCACAGUGCAGCAUGUCUUUCACGAUGCGCCAGCUCCUACAGGCAGCUGCCGUGCCCAGUGUGCCUCCGGAGACCUUCCAGCUGUUGCACGACAGGGCAAGGAUGCAGGAGAUUCCUGCGUGAUCAUCAAAAAGCCGCUCUGUCGACCAUCAGGGAUCAAGUGUACUUUGCUGGGGGCUCUGUUUGUCUGCAUGGAGAUGCCUCAGAUGGGUUUAGGCUCACCGACCAGCAAUCCACAUCCAUGGAUGAGCGGACGUUUGCAGAUCACCUCAGACACUGCUCGUCCAGCAGGCAGGUGUUCAGACUCCUUCUUUCAUUGAAAAGCAUGUCUGACACGAUGGCUGCCUCGGCUCUGCAGACGAUCGCUGCUCUGGAGCAUGACAAGUGUGGGCUGAAGGACCCAACUGUUCUGGACCACGAUGUCUUCAAGGCAGUCUGCUUCCAGUUUGAGCACGAUUCCCAGAGGCUGACAGAUGCCGGGCUGUUGUCUGCCCUUCACGCCUGCACGCGACUGUACGUUGACCCUUGGAGCUCCCUGAUGGUGCGUCUGGUCUCUGAGAGCCAACGUCGGCUGGACAGGGGACAGAUGCCCAUCAGAAACCUCUGCAUUUUGGCUGAGGCACUUUUAGCAUUGGAGGGAUCUAGAUCUGUAAUGCUAAAGCAAGUCAUGGAGCAGAUACAAGGACACGAGGUAAAGGAAUGGAGCUUGGAGGAGUUGACGCAGGUCUACGGCCUUUUGCAGACUGGAAUCGUGGAGCGAGGCCAAUACCAGCAUCUCUUGAACUCCAUGAACAGCUACGCCCUUUCCAGAGCUGCCUCGCUGAAACCAGCCUCUAUCAGCCAGAUACUGAAUGCCUUAGUUGUCCUGAGCCAAACCCGGGCCGUUCCUUUGGUUAUAAGCCUGUGCAAGCACUCGGUGAAGCACGUCCACCGUUUCACAGACAGUGAGCUGGUGGAAGUGCUGGGAGCCCUCAUGCACUUUGGCCACAGCGACCAGUACUUUGUGGAAGCAUUGGAGCGACAUGUGCCCAGGAACACUUACACUAUGCACCCCGAGGCCAUCACCAAGGUCAUGCAGUACUGCGGACGCCGGCAGAUCCUCUCCAAAGCUAUAUUUGAUACAGUGGCAGAGAGCUUCGUGUACAGGGCAGACUCCUACAACACCAGCCAGAUUGCUCGGCAGAUCAUGCCCUUUGGAAAGCUGGGGUACCUGCCCCCCAACACCGGGGAGCUCUUCCACAAGGUGGAGGGGAUCCUGCACACACAGUUUUCUCAGUUCCAGCCCCGCACACUACUCAACCUGCUCCACUCCUGCACCCUAAUCGAAAGGUUCCCUGUGAAUUUCAUGGCCAAGGUUUUCAAUCCCUAUUUCCUUCAGCAGCUGGAAGAGCAGGGCACUGGCUUGGACAGGGUACUGCUUGCACAGUUGACCCAGCUCUAUAUGACAGUGAAACUGGAGUGCCCCUUUUAUGAGGGUCCUAACCUCCUUCCCAAGUACCGUGUGAAAUCGUUCCUCACCUCUGGCCGCUCCCUUGAGACGCCAGUGGACAGGCACCUUUACAAUCGGGUCAAAAUGGGACUCCUUGACCUCCUCGGGGCCCGUGACUACUUUGCUUCAAAUGUGCUGACGCCUUACUGCUAUACUUUAGAUGUGGAACUCAAACUGGACGGGGAAGGAUAUGUGCUGCCAGCCAGCCACCAUGAAGAUGUCUGUAAGAGGAUAGCAGUGUGCAUUGAUGGGCAAAAGAGGUUCUGUGCUAAUACUCAUCACCUGCUGGGUAAAGAAGCCAUAAAGACACGCCAUUUGAAACUGCUGGGUUACAAAGUUGUGCAGAUACCGUUCUUUGAGUUUGAGAAGCUGCAGAACCGUGCGGAGACAGUUGACUAUCUACACAAGAAAAUCUUUCCUCAUAGCUACAGACUCAGCUGGUGAUGUUAUGACAAGGGAAGGGAAAGUAUGGACAUGGGUUCAGAAGACAUGUUUUCCACACGUGUGUCAGUGGGAGGGGUUUGAAUAAACUGACAAUAAGUGUUGAGACUUCA